AUGGUUGUUAAUUACCCAAAACGGGAAUGCCAUGGGGCCGUUCUAGGAACUUGGGUUCAGAAUUGUGAACCUCCAGAGGACCGGUCCCACGGCUGCAUUUCAUCGAACACGUCGAGUUCAUCUUCUAUGGUUUCUUCUGGGCUUCCUGGGUUGCUCCGUGAUGGAGGUAAAUGGGUCUCAUGGACACGAGGAGCUGCAGAUGCUCGAGUUGCUGAAGAGCCUCUUCGACCCAAUGAUCCCACUAACUCAUCAUCGUUUUCCUUCUCAAGCUCUGCAAUUGCAGAGCAGAGAGAAGCGGGCGGGUACUCAUAA